UAUUUUUUAGGCCCAUUGUUGGGUUGAGAAUGACAAUCUGAAUUUGCACAGUAGGUUCGAUUCGAAGCGAAAUUUUCCCUGCUAUAUACAAAUUUGUAAAUUCCUGUUGUUCGAAAGCCACCGAAUCAAGAAACACGCAUCAUGUCUCGCGGAAGUUCAGCCGGCUUUGACAGACACAUCACGAUCUUCUCGCCCGAGGGACGCCUCUACCAAGUGGAGUACGCCUUCAAGGCCAUCGCCCAGGAGAACAUCACCACGGUGGCUCUAAAAAGCGGCGACUGUGCCGUCCUGGCCACCCAGAAGAAGGUAACCGAGAAGAAUAUCGUUCCCGAAACUGUGACCCACCUGUUCCGCAUCACCAAGGACAUUGGAUGCGCCAUGACCGGACGCAUGGCUGAUUCCCGCUCGCAGGUGCAAAAGGCCAGGUACGAGGCCGCCAACUUCCGCUACAAGUACGGCUACGACAUGCCCGUGGAUGUGCUGUGCCGGCGGAUCGCCGACAUCAACCAGGUGUACACGCAGAACGCCGAGAUGCGUCCGCUGGGCUGCAGCAUGGUGCUAAUCGCGUACGACAACGAGAUCGGACCCAGCGUUUACAAGACAGAUCCGGCCGGCUACUUCAGCGGCUUCAAGGCCUGCUCUGUUGGCGCCAAGACCCUGGAGGCCAACAGCUAUCUGGAGAAGAAGUACAAGAACAACUUGUCCGAGGAGAAGGCCAUCCAGCUGGCCAUCACCUGUUUGUCCAGCGUGCUCGCCAUUGACUUCAAGCCCAACGGCAUCGAGAUCGGCGUGGUCAGCAAGACCGAUCCCACCUUCCGCAUCCUGGACGAGCGGGAGGUCGAGGAGCACCUCACCAAGAUCGCCGAAAAGGACUAAGUUCUAAGCCCAGCUAACUGUAAUUUUGUCAUAUUUUAUAAAGCCUCUUGGAUCUAUGGUUAAAUAAAACAAUGCUCUUGGCUUGCAUUCAAAACUAAGGCAAAGAGAA